AUGGGUUUGGGGGUUCUUCCCGAUCGUCACCUCGCAGAUGUCCCUGGGACAUCCUUUCUCAGUGAAAAGGGUUUACCUGGCAGCUUUGAAGAGGCCACUACCACCACAGGCAAUCAUGCUAAUCUCAAGCAUGACCCUACUGGCAAGAUUGUUCUCGUUCCUCAACCCUCCGAUGAUCCCAAUGACCCCCUCAACUGGCCAGCAUGGAGGAAACACAUGUUUACUGUUUCCAUAAUCAUCGGUUGCGGUUCUGUAGGAGCUGUGGGACCCCUUCUAGGUCCAGCAAUGGUGCCUCUUGCUGGAGAAUUCGAUGUACCUCUCCAGAGAUUCACUCUGGGCUUCACGGGCUCCCUUCUCAUAUCCUUGGCGUUUGGAAACCUCUUUUGUAACUCGUUGGCCAUGGUGGUCGGCAAGAGGCCAGUCUACCUCUUCACCACAGUGGGCUUGCUGGUCACAACUAUCUGGAGCGCAGUGGCCAAAGACUUCAUCUCCCUCGCCGUCUCCCGUGGUAUCCAAGGACUCUGCAUGUCUCCUAUGGAGGUCUUGGUUCCUGCGUCAAUUUCUGAUGUCUGGUUUGUUCAUCAAAGGGGUCUUCAGAACGCUAUCUUCAAUCUUGGUGUUCUCGGCGGUAUAAACCUUGCCUCGCCAAUUGCUGGUGCUAUCAUUAACGCAUACGGCUACAAGACCUGCCUCUGGUCCAUGGCUGGUGCUUUUGGCGUCCAGCUUUUACUCACUUUUUUCUUCAUGCCCGAGACAACGUAUAAACGCGAUAAUGACUCGGUUGCCCUAGGUGACACUCUCACAAAGAAAUACACGGCUGCUGAUGAUAAAAAGGAAUUUGUAUCAGAGGUUGAAAACACUGUUCUAGCCCGUGAUAGUAUGGCUAUUCCAGGAAAGCAUGCAUAUAUAUACACACUACGACCCUGGAGCGGAUAUUGGGAUUCUUCCGGAUUUACUUAUAGUAUCUACGCACCAUUCAAGAUGCUCGGGUCUCCUGUGGUCAUUUGGGGAUGCUUCCAGUUCACCAUCUGCAUUAACUGGUUGGUUCUCUUGGCCAAUACUCAAUCUCAAAUAUUUAGUGCACCUCCAUACAGCUUUUCGGUUGCCGAGGUGGGAUUAAUGAAUCUUUCAUCAUUUGUUGGAACUUUCAUUGCAACAGCCCUGGCUGGUCUAAUGGUAGAUGGGCUAGCCAAGUUCAUGGCGGGGAGAAAUCAGGGAGUAUACGAACCGGAGUUUCGCCUUCCAAUUCUUGCCCUCUUGGCCACACUUGGUGCCAGUGGCUUCUUCGGCUGGGGUCAAAGUCUUGCAAACGCUGAGCCAUGGCCCAUCCCUGUCAUUAUCUGUUUGGGAUUGAUUAACCUUGGCAUACAAUUAGGAGUCGUUGGUGUCGUGUCCUAUGUUAUUGACUCCCAUCGCCACGAGGCUGUUGAAUCAUUCGCCAUGAUGAGCUUUGCCAAGAAUAUCUUUGGCUUCGGUAUGACAUUUUAUAUGAACGAUUGGAUUGAUGUUCAAGGUGUAAGAGACGCUUUUUUUGUCAUCGGAGGUAUCACGAUUGCGGUCAGCAUGGCUACAGUUCCCAUGUACAUCUUUGGAAAGAGGGCGCGAAGUUUUGCUUAUCGCAAUGGUUUCCUUGCAUAA